AUGCCUGGUUUUGUUUCACGCCCUACACUUCGUUCUCUAGCAACACAAGGCACCUGUAUUCCCCGACCUUACACGAGUGCUCACAACAAAAGCACCUUGUCACGGAUUCCACAGCGAACAGCUCACUGUUUCACGACUUUCUGCUACGCACAGAAAAAUCAUUUGUCUAUCAAAUCAGGCAAGAAUUCGAUCUUCAAAGGGGAGAUGGAUCGCCCAGCCAAGCGCCAAAGGGUUGAUGACCCUCAGGUCCAUGUCCUCGAAUCGCUGCAACGCCCUAUCAGUCCUCCUGAAAGGAGGCGACGUGAAGUUUCAACGAUUAACUCUCCCUGGCAGCUGACCUGGAUACAAGACUUACCAGAGGAGGACAACAGGGAUGCAGUGAGCCUGCGAGACCUGCUUGGUGAUCCCCUCAUUGCAGAAUGUUGGGAGUUCAACUUCCUCCAUGAUAUCCACUUUUUGAUGGAUGCUUUCGACUCUGAUACACGACAUCUCGUCAAGGUACACGUCGUACAUGGCUUUUGGAAGCGCGAGGAUGAGGGCCGAAUUGCCAUUGAGCAAGCAGCAGCGGAGUUCGAAAACGUUCAGAUUCACAUUGCUCCUAUGCCAGAAAUGUUUGGAACACAUCAUUCCAAGAUGAUGAUCCUAUUCAGACAUGACGACACUGCGCAGGUCAUCAUUCACACCGCCAAUAUGAUCCCCAAAGACUGGACCAACAUGACUAAUGGCAUCUGGAAAUCACAUCUCCUGCCUAAGAUGACGGUUGCGCCAGCCACUACUACUUCUUCCCCUGAAGAUCAUCCCGUUGGUAGUGGGGAUCGCUUUAAAACCGACCUACUAAACUAUCUGCGGGCAUAUGACAGGCGCAAAAUCACAUGCAAGACCCUGACUGAUGAGCUCGUCAAUUACGACUUUUCCGGCAUCAAAGCGGCUCUUGUUGCAAGCGUACCUGGUAGACACAACAUCCACGAUAUGUCUGAUACUUCAUGGGGCUGGGCUGGUUUGAAGAGAUGUCUGCAGCAAGUUCCAUGCGAAGACCAAGAGCAAUCAGAGAUUGUUGUUCAGAUAUCCUCGAUCGCCACCCUGGGAGCAAAAGAAGACUGGCUAAAGAAAACCCUCUUUGAACCUUUGUCCCGUUGCAAGAACCCUAGCCUUGGAAAACCUAAGUUUAAAGUCGUGUUUCCGACGGCUGACGAGAUUCGGAGAUCUUUGGAUGGGUAUGCAUCAGGAGGUUCCAUCCACACAAAGAUUCAGUCGGCACAGCAAGCAAAACAACUGGAAUAUCUUGGCCCAAUUUUCCAUCACUGGGCAAAUGACUCUCCUAAUGGAGCCAAACUCCCCGGGAGCGCUACGGUGAAGGACGGGGGCCGAAAAAGAGCAGCGCCGCACAUCAAGACGUAUAUCAGAUCCAACAAGUCAUCCAUCGACUGGGCCCUAAUGACGUCGGCCAAUCUUUCAAAGCAGGCCUGGGGCGAGGCUGCACGCCCUACAGGCGAAAUGCGCAUUGCAUCUUGGGAAAUUGGAGUUUUGGUCUGGCCAGAGCUGCUGGAGACAGAUUCAAUCAUGGUUGGAACGUUCAAAACCGAUGUCCCAGACGCCAGACCUGAAGAACAGAGCGAGAAGAAGCGAUCACUAAUUGGACUGCGAAUACCGUACAACACGCCGUUGCAACGAUACGGAAGCGACGAAAUACCGUGGGUUGCGACGAUGGUUCAUAGCGAGCCUGAUUGGAUGGGUAGAGCGUGGGGGCAACGAUGA